GGGACGGGGGCGCGCAGCAGCCUCCGCUUGCCCGCCUCCGCUGACCUGCCUCGUUUGGCCCCAAAGAAUGUCCUCCAAGCCCAAGGGGACCCCCUCCUCGUCCUCUCUCGCCGAGGGACCGCCAGCAGGCUCCAAGACCAAGGUGAAGGAACAGAUCAAGAUCAUCGUGGAGGAUCUGGAGUUAGUCCUGGGCGACCUGAAGGACGUGGCCAAGGAACUUAAGGAGGUGGUUGACCAGAUUGAUACCCUGACCUCUGACCUACAGCUGGAGGAUGAGAUGACCGACAGCUCCAAAACGGACACCCUGAAUAGUAGCUCAAGCAGCACGACAGCCUCCAGCCUAGAGAAGAUCAAAGUGCAGGCCAAUGCACCGCUCAUUAAACCCCCAGCGCACCCAUCUGCUAUCCUCACGGUCCUGAGAAAGCCAAACCCUCCACCGCCUCCUCCACGGUUGACACCCGUGAAGAGUGAAGACCCCCAGAGGGUGGUGCCGGCUGUCAAUCCUGUAAAGACCAAUGGCACCCUUCUGCGGAAUGGUGGCUUACCGGGAGCACCAAACAAAAUCCCCAAUGGAGACAUCUGCUGCACACCCGGUAGCAAUUCGGACAAGGCGCCCGUGCAGCCUCUGAUGCAUAGACCUGAAAAAGACAGGUGUCCCCAGGCAGGGCCUCGGGAAAGGGUUCGGUUUAAUGAAAAAGUGCAGUACCAUGGCUAUUGCCCUGACUGUGAGACCCGGUAUAACAUAAAAAACCGGGAGGUCCAUUUGCACAGUGAACCUGUCCAGCCGCCAGGAAAGCUUCCUCCCCAAGGCCCUCCCCGCCCUCCUCCACCGCAUCUCCCUCCAUUUCCACUGGAAAAUGGGGGACUGGGAAUAAGCCACAGUAACAGCUACCCGCCUCUCAGACCUGCAACUGUGCCUCCUCCCACUGCACCAAAACCACAGAAGACGAUCUUGAGGAAAUCAACCACUACAACAGUGUGAUGUAUGCCAUUUAAAAACACUUUUUAUUUUAUUUUCAUUUUUAUAUUAUAAACAUAAUAAGUAAUGCGCACUUUCUACUCAAGCAAUAAAAAGCCCAAAUAUAUUAAUCCUGCAUUCAGCAAAGUGGCAUAAAAAUCACCUGCUCCUUCAGAUUGGAAGGAAAUCUUUAUUUGGAGGCAUGUCAGCUCAUUUUUCUCACUUCAGAUUCAUCAUUAUGACUUCUUGAGGCCAGAUGUAAUUUCGAAAUAACCAGGAACUUGUCCAUCUCAGAGCAGCAAAUUCCCUCAACUUUGGAGCACAAGUGAUUACUGAUAUGGUCUGCAUAAAAUCAUCUGCCUCUAGUCUGACAGCCAUGAGCAGAGCCCUAGGGGUGAAAAAAAGCCACAGCCUUAAAUCUCUUCACUCAGAAAUUAUCAAGAAGAUUU